AUGAAGCAACUACGCGAGAGAAAAGCAGAAGCUUUGUAUUGUUCUGAAAGAAAACAUCUUGCCUGUGAAGAUACAGCUGUUCCGGGCUUCCAGAACAAAACCCGGGUGGCCAUCCUCGCGGAGCUGGACAAGGAGAAGAGGCGCCUGCUGCAGAGCCAGUCCAUGAACAGCCCCGGGGCCACCAUCCCGCUGGCCUCGUCCAGGCCCAGCCUGAAGGAGGCGCGGGACAGCGCGGAGCAGCAGCACAUCGCCGCGCAGCAGAAGGCCGCGCUGCAGCACGCGCACGGACACUCGUCGGGCUUCUUCAUCACGCAGGACUCCUCGUUCGGGAACCUGAUCCUGCCGGUGCUGCCCCGGCUGGAGCCCGAGCUCUGACGGAGCGCCGGCUCUUGGGAUCCUAAUCACGACUCUGUGUUUCACGAUCCCAGCAGACUUUGAUGCAGAAAUGAACACAUUUGCUUUGCAGCCGUUAGUUUUCUAACGACAUCAAUACAGCCAAGCCUGGGACUUGAA